AUGUCUAGGAAUAAGUACCACACCACAUAUGUCACCAAAUAUUUGAACGUCAUUGAAAACAGUGGAUAUGGUGCAGAUAAAUUUACGAUGGUGCGUAACAAUGAUGGCACAGGUUCACUUAAAAUAGUUCAACAGUUAGAUUACGAGGAUCAAUUGCAGAGUAAUGGUUUCAGAUUUAGAAUACAAGUAAAUGAUAAGGGUGAAGACAACGACAACGACAAAUAUCACGUAGCUUAUUCGUGGGUUGUCGUUAAACUUCGAGACAUAAACGAUAACAAACCACAAUUUGAAAAAGCUAAUAUUGAAACAUCAGUGCCAGAAAAUGCUGCUGUAGGAAAUUCUUUGGAAACUUUCAAGGCUACGGAUCCUGAUCAAGGAGGAAAAAGUAAAGUAUCUUAUUCCAUCGAUAGAAGUUCAGAUAGAAAACGACAGUUUUAUAUUUUUGAAAACGGAACGGUUUCCAUUCAAAGAAGUCUCGACCGUGAAGAAACACCGAGACAUCAAGUAAAAAUUUUAGCAGUUGAUGACGGUAUACCGCCCAAAACCGCGACUGCUACUUUGACAGUGAUUGUUCAAGAUAUUAACGAUAAUGCUCCAACUUUCUUGAAAGACUACAGACCAGUUUUAAACGAAUUUUUACCAGCAAGAAAAGUAGUUGAAAUAUUGGCCACUGACGAUGAUGAUCGUUCAAAAAGUAAUGGACCACCGUUUACAUUCAGAAUGGAUCCAAAAGCAGACGAUGUUAUUAAAGUUAGCUUUAAAGUUGAAAGUGAUAACAAGGGUGCAAACGGGGAUGGCAUGGCUGUUGUCUCAUCUUUGCGUACCUUCGAUAGAGAACAACAAAAAGAGUAUCACAUACCAAUUGUCAUAAAAGAUGCUGGUCACCCAUCUAUGGCUGGUACAAGUACGUUAACAGUGAUCAUAGGAGAUACUAAUGACAAUAAAAUGCAACCCGGAUCCAAAGAAAUAUUUGUUUACAACUAUGCAGGACAAUCGCCAGAAACAGAUAUUGGGAGGGUGUAUGUUUACGAUUUGGAUGACUGGGAUUUGCCUGAUAAAAAAUUCUAUUGGGAUGGCCUUGAGCAUGAUCAGUUUAAAUUAAAUGAAGACACCGGCAUGAUUUCUAUGAAACCGGGGACACAUGAUGGAAAAUAUCAUUUGAAAUUCAAAGUGUACGAUAGAACGCAUACUCAAACGGAUGUACCGGCAAACGUAACAGUGACAGUCAAAACUAUUCCUCAUGAAGCAGUCUAUAAUUCAGGUUCAAUACGGGUAUCGGGAAUCACUGAUGAAGAUUUUAUUCGGGUGUGGAAUUAUAAGACUCAAAGCAUAUCAAGAAGCAAAGCUGAUCUCUUAAGAGAUAAAUUAGCUAUACUUCUAAAUGUUGAACGAGAAAAUGUUGACGUAUUUAGUGUCCAAUCACGAAGAAAAUAUCCUCCUUUGACAGAUAUUAGAUUUGCUGCUCAUGGAUCACCGUAUUACAAACCUGUCCGACUAAAUGGAAUCGUUUUAAUGAACCGAGAAGAGAUUGAGAAAGAUGUUGGAAUUAAUAUUACAAUGGUUGGAAUUGAUGAAUGUUUUUAUGAAAAUGAAGUAUGCGAGGGAAGCUGUACUAAUACUUUAGACAUUAGCAAUACGCCUUACAUGGUAAACGCAAAUAGAACAGCUCUUGUCGGUGUUCGAGUUGAUGUUAUAGCAGAAUGUACUUGCGGAGCUCGUAAUUUCAGUAAAAGUGAAUCUUGUCGAACGAGUCCAUGCUAUAACGGUGGUCGCUGUGUGGAAGGACGAUACGGUUUAAGCUGUGUAUGUCCAGUUGGAUAUAGUGGCCCAAGAUGUCAACAAACAACAAGAACUUUUAAAGGCAACGGAUGGGCUUGGUAUCCAGCUCUAGAAAUGUGCGAUAGCAGUCAUCUUAGCUUUGAAUUUGUAACAAGAAAAGGGGAUGGAUUGCUUUUGUACAAUGGUCCUAUCGUACCUCCUGAAUCAGAUGAAAUACUUGUGUCUGAUUUUAUCUCCGUUGAGUUAGAACGUGGAGUUCCUAGACUUCUUAUAGAUUUUGGUUCUGGAACAUUAGAACUUAAAGUUCAAACAAAGAAAGGUCUUGAUGAUGGAGAAUGGCACAGAAUAGAUAUAUUCUGGAAUACUGAAACCGUCAAAUUAAUUGUUGAUUACUGCAAAUCUGCUGAAAUAUCUGAACAAGACGAUGGUACAGCACCAAAAUUCAAUGACGCAAGUUGUCAAGCCAUAGGAACUGUGCCACCUUUCAACGAAUACUUAAACGUCAAUUCUCCCUUGCAAAUUGGUGGUUUAUAUGUAGAACAAUUUGAACCUGAUCAAUAUGGUUGGAAAUAUAUGCCGGUUGGCAAAGGUUUUGAUGGUUGUAUCAGAAACUUAUUCCACAAUAGCAAGCUCUACGAUAUGGCUCAUCCUGGCUUAUCUAGAAAUAGUGUAGCAGGGUGCACUCAAGCGGACGAGUUGUGUAAAAAUCAAGAGUCAACGUUCCGAUGUUGGGAACAUGGCACAUGUGUUGGAAGUUUCUCUGAAGCAAAAUGCCAGUGUAAUCCAGGAUGGACAGGACCGAAUUGUAUGAUACCAACGAUACCAACAACAUUCAAACCCCAAAGUUAUGUUAAAUACGCGUUAUCGUUUGAACCUGACAAGUAUUCAACUCAAAUUCAAUUACGAUUCCGUACUCGUGAGGUUCACGGUGAACUCUUCCGUGUUAGUGAUCAACAUAACAGAGAAUAUGCCAUACUAGAAAUAAAAGAUAGCCGACUUCGAUUCAAAUACAAUUUAAACAGCUUGAGAACUGAAGAACGCGACAUUUGGUUGACAGCAGUGGCUGUGGAUGAUGGACAAUGGCAUACAGUACGAGUUUCUCGAUAUGGAUCUGCUGCAAUGUUAGAACUAGAUGGCGGUGAAGGACGGAGAUUUAAUGAAACUUUCUCCUUUGAAGGACAUCAGUGGCUUCUGGUUGACAAGCAAGAAGGUGUUUACGCUGGUGGAAAAGCAGAGUAUACUGGAGUUCGAACAUUUGAAGUUUAUGCUGAUUAUCAAAAAGGUUGUUUGGAUGACAUUAGACUCGAAGGUAAACAUCUUCCAUUACCACCAGCUAUGAACGGAACACAAUGGGGACAAGCAACGAUGGCUAGAAAUCUUGAUAAAAACUGUCCUUCAAAUAAGCCAUGUGCAAAUGUUAUAUGCCCUGAGCCAUUCGAAUGUAUUGAUCUUUGGAACGAAUAUGACUGCACGUGUGGAGAAGGAAGAGUACCGUCUCCAGAUAACAAAGGAUGCAUGGAUAAAAAUGAAUGUAUUGACCUCCCUUGUUUAAAUGGUGGUAGAUGUAUAAAUCAAGAUCCCCGCUUCCGUUAUCGAUGCAUUUGUCCAGAUGGAUUUUGGGGAGAAAAUUGCGAACUCGUUCAAGAAGGACAAACAUUAAAGCUAGGAAUGGGUGCUGUUGCUGCUAUUUUAGUCUGUCUUUUACUUAUUCUCGUUCUUGUGUUAGUAUUCAUCGUGUAUAAUAGAAGACGUGAGUCACUUAUCAAAUAUCCAGGACCGGACGAUGAUGUUCGAGAAAAUAUCAUUAAUUAUGAUGAUGAAGGUGGUGGAGAAGAUGAUAUGACUGCAUUUGAUAUUACUCCUUUGCAAAUACCAGUUGGAGGGCCGAUUCCUGAAAUGGGAGGAAAGAUACCGCAAUGCAAAGUAGCCUAUCCAUUAGGACCGGAACCAAAUGUUGGAAUAUUCAUCGAGGAUCACAAGAAAAGAGCAGAUUGUGAUCCUAAUGCGCCUCCAUUUGAUGACUUACGAAAUUAUGCAUACGAAGGAGGUGGAAGUACUGCUGGCUCAUUGUCAUCUUUAGCAUCUGGUACAGACGAUGAGCAACAAGAAUACGAAUAUUUGGGUAGUUGGGGUCCUAGAUUUGAUAAAUUAGCUGACAUGUACGGUCCUAACGGACAUGAGAGUGAAGAAGAGUAAACUACUUUACGAUUCCAAUAAUAGUGACUACUACUGGUUUGACUGCACGAAAAGUGUAAUCGUCAAUUCAUAUUCGUGUAAUGAUGGUUGAGCAUGUUUUUUUUCUUUUUUAAAAAAGAAAGCUAUUGAAGGACUAGUAAUAGGAGCACAUGACGGUCUAAAGUUCAAUCUUCGAUGUGAGAAAAAUCGAAAGACAUGGUUGACUUUGGGCUUAUUUUGUCCUUGCUUAAUGAUAAGAUAAACAAAUACUUUAUAUAUUUCUGAAAGUCUUAUUAAUAGCAGUACGCCCGAUUCGCACGAUUACAAGGUGAAAGUAACUUUGGCAUGAUGAAAAUACUAAAAUAAUGUUAAGCGUAUUGCAUUUCAAGUUCGCUUUGAAACACAAAAAAGCGUAAAGCCACGCGCAAUGAAAACUGCAAUAAGUAUGAAGAAACGAAAGAGUGUGCAAAAAUAAGAAAAAAAAUGGUUUAAAAAAAGAAACACUCAUUACCUAUAAUUAAUAUAUAAAGCAUUAAAAAACGAUACAACAACUAUUUGUAUUAUAGUGCGUUGCGCGUAUACGUAGUUGUCCCUCGCAUGCGAACGUAACGUAAAAUAUUUCUAAGGAUUAGUUUUUAUGAAUUAUUUCGACUGCAACCGGUUACCUUCGUUAAUUAUAGUAUACGUACAUAUAUAUAGUAAAAUUAAGAAAUAAGACCGUUUAUCCAUCGUCAUUUAUUGUCAUAGGUUUUUAAUUAUCCUCCUCGAUCAUGAUGAUCGGAAGUAGACGAGUAAAUACAGUAUAAAGACCGCAAUCCAUGUUUCACGAAAAAAAAAACAAAAAAACAAAAAAAAAACUUUAAACACAAAACACGUAUUAAAGUCAUCCAGCCACAAGUCAAGAUUUUCACGUACACAUACCUUAAAUUGAAAUAAAACAAAAAAAAUUUUUAAAAACUCAUAGUGUUAUGACAGACAUAUGUGUAACUCAACUGACAAAUGUUCAUAAAAAUAUGAAAUUAGUUUCAUGAAACACAAAAAUCUUAUUGAACAUAAUAUAAUCAUUGUUAAACGUCUCGUUGUAGCUCUAUAAGAAUAAAAUCAUCCCCAAAGUGAGGUCAGAAGUCGCGAUUUCCUUAAAGUUUAUCGAAAUAUAUAUUGAAUAUUGUAGUCGUACCUUGAUCGAAGUCAUCGUUGCAAAGAUAAGAUUAUUACUAUUAUUAUCAUCGAUAUUAUUUUUUAUUACUAGUGUUAAUAAUGUCAUCACAUCUUCGUCGCCAUCGCCUUUUUCAUCCUAUUUAUCAUUAAUACUGUAAGAAUUCUAUAGCAUCGCGCCAAAGCAAUUAGCUCGGUUUUCGUCGUGCGAUACUUCACCACAAAAUGAAAAAAAAAAAACAUUUUUAUUUAAUCAUACGUACUUUUUUGGUUGAAGAGAUCACUUUUCCACAGUCGAUAUCCAAUUGUACCAACGUUUUUUUUUUUUUUUAGUUUUUUUUUGGAUGCUUAUGAAAAUAGUAACUUGUCGUAAGAUGCCAGAAUACUUUUUAAACUUUCAUCUAGAUUAUUUUUCUCGAGCCAACAAUGCAACUCUAUUUUAAAAAAAAGUGCAAAGCUGUUUAAUCUAGACGAGAAAUUGAAAAGUAUUUGUCUUGUGAUAAGAAAAUAUUUUUAUGAGUGAAUUCACAGCGACUCAUAAAAAGAAGAAAAAAAAUAAUUAUGAAGCCAAUUCCACGCAAGCGACUCGAUGCUCGCCGCGUCUAUGUACACAAUGUAGUAUGAAACACGCACCUAAAGUCCCGUCGAGUCUCUCGCUGUGAAGGGCCAAAUUAUGUGUACCUUAAUAAAUAGCUCGACUACGUCGCUGGUACGUGUAUGAAAUAGAUUUUUUCACUCGAAAUCGACUGAUAAUUUGUAAAAUUCUUCAUGGGAAUAUUUAAAAAAAUAGUCAAUUUACCUGUUAGGUGUCCGCGUAACGGUUUAUCCUUAAGGAAAGAAACAAACAACGUAUAAAUAUAUAAAUAUAUAAAUAUUAUUAAUAUACGAAGAAAUGUGUAAUUAAACGUAUGAAGGCCAGAAAAUGAGACGAGAGUCUUACACAUAAUCGAGAAACACAAACACAUACACCAAUACACUCACAAAGAGAUACUAUACAAACGAGGAGUCAGUGCGCUCAACAGCGUCGCCAACUUUGCACGACGACGCGAGUUAAUGUAAUUGUAUGAUUGUCCUAUACCGGUUUUCGUACUAUUAUGGUAUCGUUUUUUAUGCGAUUUGUGAUAUUAAUUUUUGAGAAAUAUACAUGUGCGUAAUUUUAAUUUAAAAAAAAAAAAAAAAGGAAAAUGUGUAACACUGAACCCGCGAUUAAAGCUGACCUAGUCUUGUGUUUGUAAGCUGUCAGUCAUACUUCGAGAAAGAGACUUUGUACAUUAAACUUCUGUAUUAUAUUUACUUGGCGUAUGUAUAUGAUUUUUUUUAACUUAUGUCGUCGUCAAUUUGUAAUUAUAUGCGUUAUUUUGAUGUCUCAUCUUAAUACAAACUAUUAAAUGGGAUGCACGAACCUUCAAAAUGCAGUCGGUUUCACGGAUAAUAAAGUAUUAAUCAUAAUUUACACUAAAGUGUUCUCGAAUUUUACGAAACCUCAAUUUGCAUGCACGAAAAACUCGAUAUCAAAUCAUCGUAUUACAAAGUGCAUAUGAUAAAUAAGGAUACGCUAAAUUUCAGAUUGUUCAACGAAAGUAACAACAAAUACGUUUAUUAUUCCUGUUGUGUAGAAUGCAUUUUGAUGGUUAUAAAUUUUUAAAUCUUUUUAUUAAUUUAUUUCGUUUUAGUUAAAUUAACAUGUUUGUCAGUCCAUGUAUUCUUCUUUAAGCGAAUUUCGAAGACACGUACUGUUUUACCUACUUACUAGAAAAGUGUAGAAAUUAAGAUACAGCGACAGUAUUCCACAGACUGGCAUUAGGAAAUGAGAGUUUAUCGUUAAAACUGGAUUGCGUCGUGCGUGUGUGCAGUGGCAUAAGAGAAUUAUUAACUAUAUAAUAUAUAGAUAAGGUUCACCGUUGUCUAUGUAAAUGAACGAAUCUUUAAUACCACACACUUCACAAUCUUUCCAUUACCGCCUUCGGCCCUCGGCAUUCCGAGAUCCGUUACCCGCUCUCGGUUUCAUACUUUCAUUCAAUAAUAAUCGAUUAAUCGUAAUCACGAAAAAAAACCGUACAAACAAUCGAAUUAAUGAAAACAUAAGACUUUUUAUCUGUAUAAUUAAGAUGUGCUCUUAGAAUUUUAUUGUUAACUUUUUUAUUAAUUUUUUUUUUCACAAAUGCGAAUUUACAUAAAAGCCACUCAAUGAGACAAGUAAUUUCGCAGGCGUAUUCUUUGUCACGUUUAAAGGAUGCCUAAUGUAUUUAUUUUUUCCGCUGGGAAAAAUCGUGAAAACGCCACAUGAUCUCAAGAACGAAUCGUUGACUUACAUUACGAAUAAUGAACAUUUUUUAUCAAUACGUAUACUCUCAAGUGUACUUAUACUUUGUAUAACUGAAUAUUUCCUAUUCACAAUGAAGAAAUGCAAAGGACUGCCGAUAGCAUAUAGUCAUUAUUUAAGUAUAAUAAAAAGAAGAAAAAAAAACUAAACUAUGUUCGAAGGCACAUAUCUGAUGAAGACAAAAAAAAAACUUUUUCUAUACGCUUUUAAUUAUCACAACUACACACUGCCCAGAAAAAAAAGUACGAAAACAUGCAUACCUUGCCCUAAGCAAAAAAAAACAAAAAAAGUUGAUAAAUAAAUGUCGAGUCGAGAAAAUAGGCGUAAAUUAAAGUAAUACUCGUUUACGAGAAAUCGGGAAGUAAUAUCUGCGGGAUGCCCAGUGCCGAACGCGAUAUCACCGCGUAGUUGGUAGCGAUCGUAAAGGACCCAAUGUUUUAUCGUAGCCGUCGUUACACGGAUGCUGUAAUGUACAGAAACAUAGAUGAGAAAAAAAAAUAUAAAUUAUACAUAAAUAUAUAUAUAUAUAUAAAUAUAAAUACAUAUGUAUAUGUGCGCUGCCACUGAACACAUCUCGUUAGUACAAUUACCGUAUAAUAGUCUAUACGUACAGUAUACUCAAUACACGUAUUAUUAAUUAUUAUUAUUAAUAAAUGAUUGAUUACGAUACACGAUUAUUAA